AAAACCAGCUCGAUGGAACGCCCUGCCUUAUGUUGAUAUUUGAGGUCUGGUUGUCAACUCAUUCUUGCACUCUGCACCUUUCGCCAUUUCCUCUCUCUCCAUCUCUGUCGCAUCCUGGUAUUCACAGAGAACCGAUUCUUUUCGCAAACAUGAAAUUAUUAGAACUUGGCUUCGUCAACACUCUAGGCCUGUUAGUAGGCGUUUACGUCGCCUACCAGCUCGCUCAAGCAUUCUACUGUCUCUUUCUCCACCCGCUCCGAAAGUUUCCUGGCCCGAUAUGGAUGCGCACAUCCCGCAUCCCGUUCUGCUACAAGCUGCUCACCGGAACGCUCCCCUUUGACAUGCUCGACCUGCACAGGCGGUACGGCCCGGUCGUGCGCAUUGCCCCCGAUGAGCUCGCCUUCCACGACUCCCGCGCCUGGAAGGAGAUCAUGGGCCACAAGACUCAGGGCGGCGCCGAGAUGGAGAAGUCGCUCAAGUUCUACCGCUCCGUUCCCGGUGCACCCUCCGAUAUCGUCAGCUCUGAUCGCGAGGAGCACACUGUUCUGCGCAGGUCCCUGGCCCACGGCUUCAGUGAGAGGAGCAUGCGCGACCAGCAGCCCAUGAUCAAGGGAUAUGUCGACCUCCUCAUCCAGAGACUCCAUCAACACGGAGAUGACGGCGCUAAGCCCCUCGACUUGGCCGCCUGGUACAACUACACUACUUUCGACGUUAUCGGUGACCUGGCUUUUGGUGAAUCUUUCGGCUGUCUCGACGGCUCAGAUUACCACCCCUGGGUUGCGGCGAUUUUCCAGAUGGCGCGAUUGGGCACUGUUUUGCAGACUGGAAAGCACUACCCUUUUGUUAUGAAACUCAUAAUGUCCAUGGUUCCCGAGAAGGCCAAGCGCGAAAGAGCGCACCACGAAGAGUUUACCGAGGCGAAGCUCAGACGUCGCAUGGAUUUAGGUUCGCGUCCUGAUCUCAUCGAGGGCCUCUUGAAGAAGAAGGAGGACUGGAACAUGACUUUUGAGAAGCUUAAGGCCAACAGCAGCAUUCUCAUCAUUGGCGGAUCUGAGACCACGGCGACACUGCUUUCCGGCGUAACAUACUACCUGCUCACGAACCCCGACGCGCACAAGAAGUUGACCGACGAGAUCCGUUCCACAUUCAAGGAAGAGAGCGAAAUCGACUUCACUUCCGUCAGCAACCUGCCCUACCUCCUCGCAUGUCUCGAAGAGGCGCUCCGCCUUUACCCUCCAGUUCCCAUCGGACUGCCCCGCAUUGUCCCUAAGGGAGGCGCGACUAUCGCGGAUCACUAUGUUCCCGAAGACACAACUGUUUCUGUCUACCAGUGGGCUAUGUACCACUCUGAGAAGAACUUCCGCGACCCCUUCGGCUUCCACCCCGAGAGAUGGAUGCAAGAUCCCGUAUUCGCCAGCGACGACAAGGAGGCCUUCCAGCCGUUCCACGUCGGACCCCGCAACUGUAUUGGAAGAAACUUGGCGUACGUUGAGAUGCGCCUCAUUCUCGCUCGCAUGUUGUGGAACUUCGACAUCAAGAUUGCCGAUGACAGCCGUGACUGGGCUGGCAGACAGAAGAUCUACCUGCUUUGGGAGAAGGGACCUUUGAACGCCUACCUGAAGCCGGUCAGGCGUUGAACCCAUCCCUUAGACAUUUGACGGAACGUAAACCAGGAAUCAUGCGGUUCCGUGGCUCUCUAUCUUCCCAUACUCGACACGACACUCACACAUAAGUUCUACACAUAGACUACAAGUUACAUAGCUCUUGGGCAUUUUAGGCGUAUUUCUUAUUAGCCACGAAUAGUAUUUUUAUAUUUUAGUUCAUACCAUCAGUCCUAAACAAUGAAGACUUUUCAAGAAAGAG